AUGACGCUCAAGGACUUUUUCCACCUCAGCGAAGAGGAGUUUCAAGAACGCAUCACCAAGCUCAGUGACGAAGAACUGAUGAAGGACGAUAUUUACGACUGCCGAACAAUCCAUGGCGGACUUUUUGGAGCGGCCGUCGGUGCCAUUGAAGCCGUGCCUACUGCGGGCCUCAGUCUCGUAGGCAGCGCCAUCAACCUUCGCAGGCGCAGCGUGGCGAAACGCCGCCUGAAAUGA